AUGACAAUUUACAAUCAAGGAAACCUAGGAUCCUGGGGGCCAUGGAGCUCUCUUCUUGUACUGUUUCUGAAGAUUUUGUCUCUCAAGUUAUGCACAGGGCUUCAUCCAGAAAGUGAAAUAUGGGGUAGUCCAAAAUGUACAUCAGAAUAUAGCUCUUGGAUGGAAGUGGAUUAUCCUCCAGAUUAUCAUCCUCCAGAAGAAGUCCACUCAGAUUCAUCUGAUUGUGUCCAAGUUCCAAGAUUGAACAGAAGUCUACACAUGCACACAUCCAUUCCAAACUCACAAUUUGAUGAUGUCCCAGGAGAAGCAACACCAGCACACGCAGAGAGUGGCUUGACACAGAUAGAAGCUGCAGAUGAAUCCAAACCAAGAAAAAGGAAGAAACAAAUUCAAAACAUUGUAGAGGACAGUGAUGGAGACAUAUUCAAGACAAUAUAUAUGGAGGUCCCUUCAAGCAGGCAUCACAAUUUACAAGGAGGUAUAAACAAGGUCCCAAGGCCAAGAAUACAUUCACAAUCUCAUUGGAAAGUCAGCAGGAGUCCCAGGACAAAUAAUCAACUUUUCCUGUUUCAGAAGAUUGGAAUCCUCAAUGCAAAUUGGUCCCCAACACUUUGUUACAAGAUAUUUGAGUCUUUCCUUGAGAUAUACAAGGCUUUGGAGUUCAAAUGUCAAUAUAAUCCUGAAGCAAUCAAAUCUGCAACUCAGGCAGUGAAGAAUGCAAGCUAUGGGGUUGUUAUGGUAUUUCUUGGUCUUAUAAGGGUCUGUGAGGCUGAAGGCAGAAGGAAGGACCAUCUUGAAUAUCUUUUGAAUGAUGGCUGGGAUUAUGUUGAAAAUUUCUUUCAGAACUGGAAGAAUGUAGAACUUGAAGAUCUUGCAUCUAAGGAUCAUACUAAAUUUAGAUCACAACAUGCAUCUGAUCCUUAUUUCCACCUGAGGUAUUUGAAGGGAAUUGAUAACCCCAACAAAGUAUCUUUCUCACUGGUUUAUAUACUUGCAUUAGAUUGGUCACAAAAGAGAGGAACACCUGGCAUACCUGGAGGUGGAAUAUCUCAGCAUAUGCAAAGACUUGUGGAUAUAUAUGAAGCUGAUUCAAAUUCCUUUCAAGGUGGUCUUUAUGGAAGGAUGGGUAUCAGGAACCACACAUUCUGGGGAGCAGAACAGUUUUCAAGACAGUAUUGGUAUGCAUAUGGAGAUACAGCCAAACCACCACAAGAUGUCCUGUUAUUGAGUUCAAAGGCUGCACAGUUUCAUACACCCAUUGGCAGAGAAAUGUGUCAAACUGUUCAUAUUUUCUUUGAAGACCUGAUCAAUGAUCUAAAUCAGAUAUACCUGGCAAUGAAUGGACAUCCACAUUUUAACAAUCUAGCACCUAAAGUGGUCCAAGAGAUGGGUAUCAUAGCGCAAGCUGUCAGCAUGGCAGAGUACAAAGUUACGGUUGUGGUACUUGGCAUGAUAAGGAUUCUGAACAAAGAAAACUUUACUGACUCACAAAUUGAGAAAUUGAUAAUGAAUGCAUGGAACUUUCUCAAGAAGAAGUUUUCUGAAUGGAGGUUGUUAUAUUUCCAUCCAAAAUAUUCUCCACACCUCUUCAACCAUGAUUCGGUGAAUCUUGAGUAUGGCAUCCAGGCUGAUAGUCCUGAAGCUCUUUUUCUUGGGCUUGGUGGGUUCAAACGCAAGAAUUACUUUCCAAAGCGGUGUAUUGCUUGUUUGUUUCAUUCAUGGAUGGAUUCAGUAGCUCAAAGCAAGCCAGGUUCCCAGGAAUACAUGGAGAAUCUAACUGAAAUUCAAGGCAUCCCUUCAGGAAGCAUAGAAAAAUGGAACUUAUCCCUUAGAAGUCAAGAUCACAUGUAUCAAUUACCUCACACAACUCCACAUCAAGCAACUGGUGGAGACACCUGA